AUGGCGCGGCAGCCCCCCGGCUCCGCGGCCACCUCAAAGGGGCAGCCGGUCCCUGAAACCCUGGCCAGACACCCAGGCUCUCUCGGGCCCCGGGCGGUACAGGCCGAACCGCGCCACAAACCCGGGCAGCGAGGCAGGAGGCUGGCACCUCACGGGAGCGCACCGGCGCUGGCGGACCCGCUGUGGAGAGUCACGCGCGGACUGCACGCCGGGCCAGGCGGACCCCGCCGCAGCCCGCACAGACCCCGACCCGGAUCCCCACACAGACCCCGCCGCGGCCCGCACGGAACCCGCACAGAUCCCAACACGGAUCCCCGCAGCAUCCCACACAGAUCCCACAGCCACCCCGUCAGUACCCGCACAGAUCCCCGCAGCCACCCUGUUAGCAGCCGCACAGAUCUCGACACGGAUCCCCACAGCCGCCCCACACAGACCCCGCAAUCUGUCCGGCAGCACCCCGCACAGACCCUGCGGCGCCCUCAUACAGAUCCCACCACGCCCGGGGCACGGACCCCGCAGUGCCCCGAAGACUUCCGCGAGCCGCCCACACGUGGCCCUGCACAGACCCCCUCGCAGUGCCGCGCACGUGGCCCGGCUCAGACCCCGCGGACCCCCCACAGUGCCGGUGGGCACACGGCGGACCACAGAGGACACCGGGGAACCGUGGCCCGGGACAGCAGCGAGGGGCGGCUGUCCGGGACUAGGGACAAAUUGCUCACGUUUGUAGGAAUGAGCUGGCUCUCCCCUCAAGAUGGUAAAGAUGCUACCAACAGCUCCAGGCGUGGGUGCCGCUUGCCAUUGCAGCAGUGGAGACGGAGUGCCUCUCUCCCAGUAAUUCUACUGAAGUUCCAGGCCCAUCCGUGAGUCAAUCCCUGAGAUGCUGGUUGCACAGACCUGAGACAUGUGUCCAUUCCUAGAUCAGAAGUGAUGUCCUUCCCACUCACCGCAAAGGGCUGAGAGUAGGGGUGGCCUGGCCCCUCAAAUGAAAUAGGAAGCAUGAUGACCAAAAUAAAGGGGAGUGCUUGUUGGGCGAGCAAACCAACAGGCACCCGAUUCGAUGAGUA